AUGGGUCGACCAGAUCAAACUCCGAGUCCGAGAAUGCACAACAACUUCAAUCCGGUGUUUCAUCCCCAACCUGCACCUGAAGAAAAGCGAAUGGUCGAAGCCGAGCAGAAAUAUCCUAACAAUGGUGGAAUGGUUAACCAACCAACCGGAGUACCGAAUAUGGCCAGACCAGCUCAACCUACGUAUAUCAAUCCCGCUGUAAUGGGUAACCAACCUUAUAGAGUACAAAUGGCCCGACCGGUUAUCCAACCAUCAAACUGGACUUCAGGGCUUUUUGAUUGCAUGAACGAUGGUGAAAAUGGUUAG